AUCAGCUUUUCACAUGAUGGAGCGUUUUUUUUUCCUUUCCUCCCAACAUCAGCACACACAUCUCAUCUCCCUGUUUGAGGAAAUAUACACAGCAGAGAUAUUGCAUCCACGAUGACUGAAAAACUACAGGCACUACUAGAGUGGGCCAGAUCCAACGGCCUAUACGUCAACGAAAAGUUGACGUUCAAAGACACCGCGGAACACGGAACCUCAUGCAUAAUAGCUCAGCCCCUAGAAGAGCAAGACAAAACCGGCCUCAUUAAAGUUCCAAAAGAGCUACUCAUCACGCCCAUUUUAGCCGAUGCUUUUGCCUCCAAGUAUCUCAAGGGUGUCAACACCUCAACAUCGAAGAAUGCCAAUUCCAACCUUCUUUUUCUAUUGGCAAAGCUGAAGUUCGACAAGACCAACAGAACGGUCUUUCAGGAGAGCAACGUUGAUCUUUCCGAACAAUUCAAACCAUAUCUUGACUAUCUGCCUGACACUGGCAAGGCCUUAGGAAACCCAUACUUCUGGACCAUGGAAGAAAAAGAGAUGCUGGAUGGAACAGACGCAUACACUUUCAUGAAGAGAGACUUCCUCAAGGAUUUGGAGGAUUGGAAGAAAAUAGUCUUGCAGAUGGACAUCGCCGAGCACCCACAGUUGAAAGACGAGUUGUUAGAGUAUGAAGCAUUCAAGAUGGGUCCGGUAGGAGGUGUCGCAGUCGAUUAUUUACUUAACAUUAAGGAGGUCUCAUGGACUAGUUUCACUGCAUACCUAUGGGCAAGCUGCGUGGUUUCAUCAAGAGCCUUCCCUUACAUUCUAUUCGACCAAUCAUCUCAGUAUAAGAGCCAGGCAUUCUUGUUACCAAUUGUUGACUUGUUGAAUUCUGCAGAUGAUAACCAAAGCAAAUGUCGUUGGACAAUAGAAGACAACCAAUUUGUGUUCAGUACCCUUGAUGAUUUGUCGAAACUACGAAAGAACUGCGAGUUGUAUAACAACUAUGGCGAUAAAUCCAACCUCAGCUUUUUGUUGCACUAUGGCUUUUGUUUGAAGAAUAACGACAAUGAAAGCACAACAUUGACAUUAAAGUUAGACCCUUCAGUGAUUGAAGGGGCCAAAAAUUAUGGUGUCAUCAUACCAAAAGACUCCACCGAGGAAGUUAUCAAUUUUGAGCUAAGAAAAAACUCUCCUUUGUCUAAAGACUUGAUCAACUUCUUUGCAUAUUUGGUAAAAUUGAGAAGUGAAAAGACAGGGUUUACAGUGAGAAUGAAAUUGGAAGGCUCAACCCAGUUGAGGUCUAUCAUCAAAACCAAGUUGAAAACUCUCAAAAAGGUUGACGUGGUCAUGUCCGAAAAUGUUUCCGAGGUGAAUGCCAAAAACAUCAAAUUGUACAGAAAAUCACAGAAGGAUAUAUUCCAGAAAUACUUGGAGCAGAUUGAGCAAUUCGAAAAGCAGUUGUUGACAGAAUUCAAGCCAUUCUCUUUCAAAAAGGCAUUGCAGGCAGACAAGGCAUUUUUUAAUUCCUUCCUUCUUGUUUUUGGAACAAGGACAUAUAAUGAUCUGAUUGAGAAGGGAAUUUUAGACCAUGCUGUUUUGCUCUGGAUAAUGAGAAUUGCCAACAAAAAUAUCUACACAGAUAUUCCUGACACAUCCAUCUUUCCGGAAUUUAUCUAUAAUGAGUUCGAAAAGGUGAAGAACAGCACAGAGAUAGAUAGCGAAGACAUUGCGGAAUACUUGCCUAUGUACCAGUCUUUAUUCCCUGCCUUGUGUGAGAAGAUACCUAUAGUCUACAACCAUGGUGACUGGACUUUGAAUAAUCUAAUCUAUGCGGGAACUGUCGCAGACAGACUUACAUAUAAAAGAGAGACAAAUGGAGAAGUCUUCUUCAUUGAUCCUUCCCGUUCUAAUUAGUCGAUAGACACCCUCGGGCUAUAUCUAUACAUACAUACAUAUAUAUAUAUAUAUCUAUAUAUUGCAGCCUUGUACACAAAUCUGUUUAAAGUGCUCAUAGACUAGGCUUGAAUUAUUUGCA